UAAAAGUCAUUUGUAAAAUUUAUUUAAUUGUACGAUUUGAAUAAAAAGAUAUGGACGUAUCGGUUGAGGAGUUCGUCGAUAGACUACUAAGCGAUGAAGCUUAUCAGGAACCUUCAGAUAGUGUUAAGGUCGAAGAGGUUGAAACGCAGAUGAGAUUGCCGGAAUGGUUUGACGAAAAAAAGUACAAUCAGGGAAGGCGUUUCUUUUCGGAUUUUUGUUUUGCAUUUUCGAUGGUAAAUGUGUUGGGUCUCAUCGGGGUCUACUCCGUUCCCACUAUACUCGCCGUCCUAGUGGGCAGUCGCCGUUCCAACUCUCCGUACACGGCUUACAAAAGAUAUUCUUCAACGUUCAUGCAUAUUACCACUUGGCUAAAACACGAAUUAAAACCUGGGACAGUAUCUUGGAAAUCAUUAUACACAGUCAGAUGUCGCCACGUACAAGCUGGUCGAGCGGCCAGACUCAAGGGGAAAGGCACGGUUUCACAGAGAGAUUUGGCCAUCACGCUAUUUAGUGGUUUUGGAUUUGCUUUUCUUAAACCCGACAAGUUCUCCAUUCGCCAAAUAGAAGAAGGUGAUUGGGAAGCGGGUAUUCACUUCUGGAGAGUCAUUGGAUACAUGAUAGGGUUGCAAGAUAUGUACAACAUUUGCCGAGAAUCAAUUGAGGAGACCCGUGAAAUAUUGCAGAGGAUUGUAGAUAGGGUAUUCACCCCGUGUUUAGAGAACGUUCCAGAAUAUUUCGAGCAUUUAAGUCACGUGACCGUCGAUGGCUUGCAAGCCAUUAACAGUGGGUUAGAAAAAAGUUCUCUUCUGUAUUGGACAAGAUAUAUAGCCGAUGUUCCUGGCUACAUUUACACGGAAAAAGAGCGGAUUGCUUUACAAGAUAAGUUGAGGACCCAUCUAAAGGGCAAGUCACCUGAUACUGGCGUCGAGUCAAGAGCGAUUAUAGAAAAAAGCGCUAUAAAAGGGCUGCCGGACAUACCCUCUCGAACCUUAUACCUUCACGAUUUCAACUCCUUGGAAACUGCGCCCGCGUACAAAGCACUUCCUAUCAUUGGAAAAUAUAAACUGGCCAUUAUAUACAUCACGUUCGCCUUCUACUCAACGAGCAUAGGACGAGUGUUACUAAACCUUCAGUACAGAUGGACACUAUUCAUCGGUACAUAUUUACCAUACGUUGCCAUGUGGAGGUACGGUGUGAAGAACGCUUUCAUCAACCUCUUUAAAGAAAGUCCGUACGAUAACACGACUCCUAAGCCCAAUUCAGAAUAUUACAGAACCCAACCUCCCGAGCCUUGGUACAAGUUUCUCCUGGCUUUAUUCUGGUAACUGGUAACUGCAGUGGCUCCCCUUGAAACCAAAAACCAAAAUUAUAUAUCCAAAUAUACAAGAACUUUUCAAUCGGCAUUUUACAGAAGUAUUCUAAAAAAAUAUAUAUAAGCGCACCGGCUUGGAAUGUAGAUUCAAUUGAGAAGAAUCGGCAAGAAACUCUUUUCCUGCAUUUCAAAUACUAAGUUAGUUGAGCUGUUCUGUAGGAACGAACUUGAACCUCACCGCGGAACACGAUAUUGAAAGGUCAUAUAUUGACAUGCGACACUGACUGUAAUACUUAUUACAUUGAGGAUAGUACGUACACGCGUCUAAAUAGUGAGUCAGCGUAAAUCGGUUUUUAUCGGUUACAUUGUAAGUUCUUCCAGAAGAGCACUACUGAUAUUGCUAUUAUAUUAACCCUACAAAGCAUAUUUUUAAAUCG